AUGGUUUCAGAAUAUAAAGACAACAAAGACCACCUGUUGAAAACAAAGAGUCACAACGCAGCAUUCAAUGGAGCUUUCUUCGCAAACAAGCCUGCCAGCGCAUAUCUCCCGGCCCUGUCCGUGACAACAGCAUGCGACCAUGCUCGGCGGAUCAUUCACGACCAGCGAUAUUCAACGCAAGAUCUCAAGAGAGACAGUAGUUUAUCGAUCAAGAUCCCGGCUUCCACCCUGGAUCUUAGCAAGACAAUCUUCACCAUGCCGCCGACGCCACCUCAGACCCCUAGGAAAGGAAGCAAGGACACAUAUUCCCAAGGAACGACAGCUCAGCGAUCAAAAAUCAGGCGUUGGCAAAUAUUUCCGGUCGUGUGCCCAGAUCAGCCUCUGGCAUCGAAAUUGCAGCAAAUUCGCUCUCAAAACAAGAUCCAUUUGAAGAAGGAGGCUCCAGCUCUGAAGUGCUAUCAAGACGUAAGAGCACAGAUCAGAGCACUUUACUUCGAGGGAGAACGCAAGUUGGACCCCGACGCGCGGGCAUUCGGCGAAACGCUUCUCGAUAUUCCUUGUACAUACCUUAGCCUCGACCAUCUUCUUGUUUGUGGACAGAAGGUAGUCACCGUGAAGCCAGAGCCUUGUACUAGCAACUGCCACGCUAGACACCCACCCGAUUUUGUCCAGAUUCACGACCUCGAUGCCCGAUACAUGUGUAUGGCGUGCAUUGUCAACGAUCUACAUGUCCCACAUGAUGCAAAGUACAGGGGCGUCACCGAGGUCGUCAUAAAAGCAGCAUCCGGACCUAGUAAACCCCCUGACUGGCUCGAGAAAAACCUGGACCUCGUUGCGGAGGGUUACCGAGAUGAAGCACUAAGGGAGUUGAAGAGGUCCGCGAACGACAAAUUUUGUAUCUCUAUGUCCUGGAUGGAGCCCCACUGGCAGCAUCUUGUCGAAGAGAUUGUACAAGAGAAGGUGCAGGCUGAGGAGCUGUUGGAGAAAGUCUCUCGAGCACCUUGCCUUUAA